AUGACUUCGGUGUGGAAGCGCCUGCAGCGCGUGGGCAAGCGGGCCGCCAAGUUUCAGUUUGUGGCCUGUUACCAUGAGCUGAUGGUGGAGUGCACCAAGAAAUGGCAGCCGGACAAGCUGGUAGUGGUGUGGACUCGGCGGAACCGACGCAUCUGCUCCAAGGCCCACAGCUGGCAGCCAGGUAUCCAGAAUCCAUACCGGGGUACCGUGGUGUGGAUGGUGCCAGAGAACGUGGACAUCGCUGUGACCCUAUACAGGGAUCCCCAUGUGGACCAGUACGAGGCUAAAGAGUGGACAUUUGUCAUUGAGAAUGAAUCCAAAGGACAGCGGAAGGUACUGGCCACAGCCGAAGUGGACCUGGCCCGCCAUGCAGGGCCUGUGCCCACCCAAGUUCCCCUGCGGCUUCGACUGAAGCCCAAGUCGGUGAAGGUGGUACAUGCUGAGCUAAGUCUUACCCUCUCAGGGGUGCUGCUGCGGGAGGGCCGAGCCACGGACGAUGACAUGCAGAGUCUGGCCAGCCUCAUGAGUGUGAAGCCCACUGAUGUGGGCAACUUGGAUGACUUUGCUGAGAGCGAUGAGGAAGAGACCCCUGAUGUUCGGGCCCGCAUCCCCCAGCCAGAGCCUUCUCGGGAGCUGAAGACACUUUGUGAGGAAGAAGAGGAGGGCCGGGUCCAGCCCCAGCAGCAAGCUGCCAGUCCCUCUAAUGCUAAGGAUGCCAGCCUAGCCCCUGUGAGUGUCACUGGGCCCCCAGUCAGGGCCUCCCAGGACGAGGGGUCAGAGGCAGUUGUAACAGGGGGCCAAGUGGGGCCUGAAAUCCCCAGGCCCCCGGGAACCCCACCAGAGAUGAGGUCCUCAAGGCAGCCAGGCCAGGAUGUGGCCCCCACCCCAGCCCCCCGGUUCCGGAAAGGCCCCGAUGCCCCUCAGCCCCCAGCCCCCCAAGGGAAGGAUGAGGCCCCUGAAGCCUCAGGGGCUUCCCCAGCAGGAGUGGGUUCUGCUGGGGAGAUGCAGACUCAGGCAAGGCCUCAGGAAGGGACGGAGACCCAAAGAGCCAGGCGGGGCCCAGGCACAGACGCUGACUUAUUUGGAAAGCAGAGCCUCCCGGUUGAGGAAGAGGGCCCUGGGGACAGGCCAGAGGCUAAAGGGCUGGAGACCGAGUGUAGGUCAGAAGUCAGAGAGAAGCUCUCCAGAAGGCCAGUGGUGGGGGUGGGGGAGGCUGCAGUGAGCUCAAAUGUUGGUCACAUUGAUGCUGAGCAGAGGUCCCAGGUGAGCCAUGUGGAUACUAAGGGACCGGAUGCUACUGGAGAGAAGGCUGAGGCAAGACUCAGGGGACCUCCUGAGGCUCCUCCUAGGGGAUUUCAUGGAAGACUAGGACUUAGGAGCAGAGAUGAGGCACCUCCAGGUCUGAGGCUAUCCCCAGCAGAGUCUUCAGGGUACUCCGGGCGUCCUGGGGACUCCCAGAGGAGAGAGGACACUGAGGUGAGGGACAGAGCCCCUGAUGUUGGGAAGACUGGCCUAGAGCAGGGCCCCUCAGUUGGAGCAGCAAGUGCUAGGCCCCAGGUGAGCAGAAGCCAGGAGACCCCACCAGUAGCUGAGCAGGAAGCAAUGUCUAGGGCUCUGGGGACCUGGGAGACAGAAACUAGGGAUGCAGGGGUCCUGGGAACAGAGACGGGGAUGGCAGAACCAGUGGCUUCAGGGCCCGAGGAGAUAGAGGGAACUAGAUCAAGGGACAUGGAAUCAGAGGCAACUGGGGUGACAGAAUCAGAAGUAUUGGGGAUACAGAAGACAGACGUGGGAGUUUCAGUGGCUCCAGGGACAGAAGCUAGGAUGGCAGAGUCUGGGAUAUUGGGGACCCAGGAGAUAUCUGGAGGUUCAGAAGUACUGAGGAUAAAAGCUGAGCUAGCAGGGUGUGAGAUAUUGGGGGCUCAGGAGACAGAAGUGGGGGUCACAGGAGUACAGGGGACAGAAACUCAGAGGACAGAAGCUGAGAUAUUGGGGACCCAGGAGGCAGAAGUAAUAGGUUCAAGCAUCCCAGAGCUCGAGACUGGGACAGCAGAAACUGAUUCUCAGGAGGAAGUAGAUGAGGGCUCAGGGGUCCCAGGGAUUGAAGUUGAGACAGCAGAGUCUGAGAUAUUGGGGGUCCCGGAGGAAGAGGUAGGAGGCUUAGUGGUCCCAAGAGCAGAGGCUGUGAUGGCAGAUGGUGAAGAACUAGGAAUUCAAAAGACAAGAGUUGCAGAGGCUGAGGAGAUAAAAGCUGAGCUUUUGGGGGUCCAGGAGGCAGAGACUGCAGUGUGGGGGACUCUAGAAGCCAAAGGUGAGCCUCUCAUGGUCCUUAACACUAAACAGGAAGUUUUAGGGUCCCAGGAAGCAAUAACAGAGAUUUUCACAGCACAGGAGACAGAGACUAAAAUUUUGAGGGUCCAGGAGGCAGAGGUUGGGGUAUGGAAGCCCUCAGAAGCUGAAUCCAGGGCUAUGGGGACCCAACAAUUGGAGAGAAAAGUUUUAGGAUCCCCAGGGAACAAAUCUAGAAUGUCUGAGUCUCUGGAGGCAGAGGUUCAGGUCUUGGGGGCCCAGAACGUACAAGAAGCUGAGAGAAGCCCCCCGGAAGCCAGCCUGGUUGAAGUGCAGGUGGCCAAUGGGGCAGGGGCUGGGGUGCCCACACCCUUGAGGGCCUCCUCCCCAGAGGAGUCGGAAGAAGACAGAAGGCUGUGGGACAGCCAGCCGCCACCUGCCCUGGUCAGCUCUAGCCAGUCCCUGUUGGAAUGGUGUCAGGAAGUUACUGCUGGCUACCAAGGUGUCCGUGUCACCAACUUCACCACAUCCUGGCGCAAUGGGUUGGCCUUUUGUGCCAUCCUGCAUCGAUUCUACCCGGACAAAAUAGACUUUGCCUCCCUGGAACCACUCAACAUCAAAGAGAACAACAAACAGGCUUUUGAUGGCUUCGCGGCCCUGGGUGUGUCCCGAUUGCUGGAGCCAGCAGACAUGGUACUGCUGUCGGUGCCGGACAAGCUCAUCGUCAUGACUUACCUGUGUCAGAUCCGUGCCUUCUGCACUGGGCAGGAGCUGCAGCUGGUACAGUUGGAGGGCGGCGGCGGCGCAGGCACAUACCGAGUGGGCAGUGGCCUGCCGGACAACCUGGACACCAGUGACCUGGCGCAGCGGCUGCUUGGGCAUGGCGCCUCGGGGCCUCGGGAGGUGGGGACCCGGGCAGAUGUGCUGUUCUCUGAGGCAGCUGUCAAGGACCAUGGUGCUGAGGCCUCCCAGGAGAGGCGCGUGGCGGAGACGCCAGCUGAUGACCCUGGAGCCCAGUUGCCCCUGCCCCCAGCAGGGGGGCUGGUGAAUGGGCCAUCUGGCAGUGGUGGAGGUGGUGGAAGCAGUGGGAGUGGCGGCGUGAGGCUGCGACGGUCAUCAGUGAAUGGGGAGGCUGGGCCUGUACCCCCACCGCGUGCACAUGGCUCCUUCUCCCAUGUGCGUGACGCUGACCUGCUGAAGAAGAGGCGUUCUCGGCUACGGAACAGCAACUCUUUCUCCGUGGAUGAGCCAGACCUUGGGGCUGUGGGAGGCUCAAGCCCUGACCCCAUCCCCACCCCAGACCCAGACCCAGACCCAGCUACAGGGCAGCAACCACCUCCUGGUGGGAGACCCCCAUUAGAGGAACCACCUUCAAGCCCAGGGGAGGAGGCUGGGCUGCAACGUUUCCAGGACACAAGUCAGUACGUGUGUGCAGAGCUGCAGGCCCUGGAACAAGAGCAGAGGCAGAUCGAUGGGCGGGCGGCCGAGGUGGAGACUCAGCUGAGGAGCCUAAUGGAGUCAGGUGCCAACAAGCUGCAGGAGGAGAUGCUGAUCCAGGAGUGGUUCACACUGGUUAACAAGAAGAAUGCGCUCAUCCGGAGGCAGGACCAGCUGCAGCUGCUCAUCGAGGAACAGGACCUGGAGCGGAGGUUUGAGCUGCUGAGCCGAGAGCUGAGGGCCAUGCUGGCUAUCGAAGACUGGCUGAAAACGGCUGCGCAGCAACACCGGGAGCAGCUCUUGCUAGAGGAGCUGGUGUCCCUGGUGAACCAGCGUGAUGAGCUGGUCCGGGACCUGGAUCACAAGGAGCGGAUCGCUCUGGAGGAGGACGAGCGCCUGGAGCGCGGGCUGGAGCAGCGACGCCGCAAGGUGAGCCGACAGCUGAACCGUCGUGACCGCUGCUCACUGAGCUGA